UUUCUGUUUUGCAAAAUGCAGCCGCAGGGGAGGCAGCCCCCGGGGAAGCGGGCCGGCGGCGGGACCCCAAGGCAGCACCCAGGCCGCCCGGAGCAGGCCCGCAGCGACCGGGCGCCCCCGGACCGCGCCCCACACGCCACCACCCUGGGGACACCCAGCCCGGCUCGCCCCCCCAGUGCCGGGGGACCCCCACCCCCGGGCCCCUCCCUGUGCAACCCGAGGCUCGGCCCCGCCGGGGUGCAGACGCCGUGUGGGGGGCCCUCCAGGGGCCUGGGGGGCCCCGGGCUCUUCCCCCCAAGAAAAUGCACCCCCCACGCCCCGAAAGUCCCGGCCGCCUGGCGCGCUGGAAAUCCCGCGCGCGCCCCAAGACGCGGCCAGGGUGCCGGGAAACUUCUGCUUUGUCUACUUGUCGUGUUUUCCUGUCGGGGUGCGGCCCCCCCUUUUCCGAAACCCUUGUGCCCGGCAGCUCCCCCACGUGGGGCGCAGGGCCGUUGCGCUCCGCCCCCUUUGGCCUCCAGCCAAUCACCGCGCGCGCCUUUCGGUAGCGGCCAAUCGGACGCGCGCGCAGCUCUUGGCGGCCACGCCCUCUCCUAUCCCGGCUAUAAAGAGCGGUUCCCGGCGACGCGAGGCUCAGAAUUUCGCGGUCGGCCCCCCGCGCGCACUUCCGGCUUCAGCGCUUCGCUCGCCUUGUGCGUGUGUCCGCCGCCGCUCCGGGGUUUCCCGCGCUCGCGAAGGCGGACCGGGCCGCCGGGUUCGGCCAGCCGGUGUCCGGGCCAUGACGCUGGAGGAGCUGCCGGCGGGAUGCAGACGGUGCGCGCGGCCGUGGAGGAGCUGCUGGUGGCCGCGCAGCACCAGGACCGCCUGACCGUGGGGGUGCACGAGGCGGCCACGCUCAUGAACGUGGACCCCGACUGUGUGCUGCUGUGCCUGCUGGCCCAGGACGAGGAGCAGGCGGGCGACGCGGGGCUACAGCUGCUCUUCACGCUGCUCCAGGCCUUCUGCUGCGGCUACGACAUCCAGGUGCUGCGCGUCAGCGGCAUGGGGCGCCUGGCACAGCUGCUCGGGGAGCCCCCAGGCCCAGAGGCCCGCGACCUGCACUGCCUGCUCGUCACGACCCCGCCCGCAGAUGCCGGGGAGACCCAGGGGCUGGUGCAGGUGUCCAGCUUCUGCCAGGAGCUGCGAGACCGGGGCGUCCCCUCCGUCUCCCUGCUGGAGCGCUGAGCCCCCAGGACCACGGCCGCGGGCCCCAGGAGCCCCAGGAGCCACGACCAAGCGGGCGGCGCGGCGGAGCGCCCAGCACGCCCACGGGAGGGGCCGCCCCAGCCCGGCAGCCCGGCAGGAAGGCGGACGUGGAGACGGUCCAUCCUCCCCCCAAGACCUGGGGCCUCGGGUCAGGUUCACCCCACCUGCUGGCCAGCGCCCAGCGCCCAGGCUGGGAAGGGGUCCCGGCCUGCAGAGCAGAGCGUGUCCCCCGGGACCCAGGGCCUCGAGCGCGAGAUGGGGGCUGCUGCGGCCUCGGAGCCGGAGCUGGGGGAGGUCAGAGGGCCUGGCGGGGCACCCGGCCUGCAAUAAAGCCGCUCAGAGUC